ACUGUUUCAGAAUCCAGCCCCCUCCCCUAAAAGAUCAAAAAACAUUAUCUAUACAGUUUUAAACUCUACCAUUUUAUAUAAUCAAAGUAUAUAUUACAGGAAAUAUAUUGGGUCAUGUCAGAACCACCACAAGUUAAUGAGAACCAGUGAUAUCAUUAAUAUCUGGCUCAUAAGGAAGCAAAAGCACAUAAAUGUUCCACUGAACUGAUGGUGGUUUCCUGUCAUAACCGCUUAUGUUCACUGCUGUUUAAGUAAACAGUUUGUCUUACUUAAUGUACCUGAUAUGGAUAUUUGACUCUUAAAACAUCUAGAAGAAUUGGCUCUAAAGAUAAGGUCCAAAAGCAUCUUUGUGUAUGAAAACUGAUGGAGUUUGCCUGUAGUCACAUUGUUUGCGGUAACGUGAAUCUCUCAGAACAGCUCAAAGAUGAAAUCUAUCAAAAGCCAAAGAAAGAAAAGCCAAGGAGAGAGCAAUUCUGUCAGAGCUUUCAUGAAUAUGACAACAGAGGCUUACGCCUUGCAGAAGAUUUGAAUCAGAUGUCCUUGGAGAAUAACAGUCAAGGACCACCAGUUCCACCUCGUAGAACAAAUGCUCCCAUAAAUCCGCCACUAAGGGGAAGCCAGUCGCCUACUGUAAAGCACAGAAAGGACAGCAUACCUCCACCAGUUGCACCAAGAAUCUCUUCCAGGAGUAGCAGUCCUCGGCCAUCUCCAGGAGCCAGUGUUAAUGUUGUAUCCAUUCAUCUUGGAAAGCUGGUGGAUCUAAGAAAUGUGCAAUCUACUGAAAAUGCGCCCAUAUUCUGCAAGAAAUGUUGUGCAGCAAUAUCGUCUAUCAGUGCAACUGAAAUGGGUCUAAGAAGCAUUGUAUGGAAAUGUGAGUUCUGCAAUAAAGAGAAUUCAUUGAGACAGCAACUCAAGUCCAUCCCUAUGAAAGAUGAUAUUGCAAGCAUUUCUUUGCCCUCUGCUGACUAUUUAAAUGUUCCAGAUGAUUCCCUUGUUAUUUUUUGUGUGGAUACGUCAGGAAGCAUGUGUGUGACAUCACAGGUAAAAGUUUUCAAUGAAAAACACCAAACAAUCCACAUAUCAAGGAUGCAGAGCAUACAGGAUGCCCUCAUAAUGUCGCUGAAUUUUUUGGUGAAGAACUUUCCUCUAAGACGUGUUGCAUUGAUUACAUUUAACAGCGUGGGACAAGAAGAAAAAUCAAGAACAGGAAGACUUAUAUGAAAACUGGUUUCGGGCUGUGGAAUCAAUCUGUGAUGUUAACUAUGUAGAUUUUUCAGAGUCAAAUACAGAGAAUCUCCGAGGAAACAUAAAGGAUAGUAGACAUUCUCUCUUCAAGGCCUUUUCAGAUGAACUUGCCAGUGUCGUGUAUCGUCUGAAAAAUGCCAAGGGCUUCAUGCUGAAGAAAUCACCUGAAAAACUUAAGAGAUUUCAGCAGGAAAUUAUGAUGAUGAAGCAAAAAUUCCCAAGGGCCAUCAUUGUCCAUUAACACACAUACGGACCAUUGAAAUGUUUUAUAUGACCAUUUUUGUCAAUGCCACCCUUUAACAAGGAACACAAAAGCAGUAUAUAAAUUGAAAGCUCAAUAUGUAAAUAACUAGGUCAUGAAACUUUGCUUUUUGUAUUGAUCAUAUUUUUCAUUGUGCAGUACUUUCAGUAAAAUGACCUUACAGAUU